AGAGAAACUGCGUCGCGAGGUGCAGCUGCUCUGGGGAUCUGACGGACUUCCGAUCAGUGGGAUCUAAACUAAGGAGCGGUCCUUCCAAGGAGUACUGGCAAAACCCUCUGGAAUAUCGAGGGCGCGAAUUCUCAUGCUUCCGAAGCCCAGGUGUGAUCGCCGUGUCGAGGGCUGCAUGGCAUCAGGGUCAACAAAUCCUUAAACAUCCCGGCCUGCCCCCUCAGCAGAGGCAAGCAGGCGGGUAUCACAAAGGAGGUGUCUGAACGGAGACUUUGAGACACCAGAAAGUUUUAAUUUCAUUAAACGAAAUUUAGCAAUCUCAAUUUAUCAGGAUCCUCGAUUUAACGAAAAUGAAAACCAAUGUGGGUGCUCCUCUCCUCACUCUAGCAAUUUUUUUCAGUUUUAUUGAAUUAAGUUCACAAUACAAUAAGACUGUUCUUGUGCCUGGCCAUCUGACUCUUCCAGAUAACAAGGACAUCUCAUACACUACAUAUGCUGGAGGAGUGAUACAAGUAAAGAAUGGGAAAAACCGAGCGGCUUAUGGACUACUUGACAAAAAUGUAUUGGUUUGCAUAUUAGAUACAACUAGGUCGCCUGUUUAUGUGCGUGCAUUAUUAGCAGGCGGCAAACAAGUUAAGGCGACCACUGGACGUGUAAUCAAAUGGACACCAGCUGACUCAGCCGAAUAUGGUCUCAUAUUUGAUCAACCCAUUCAGUAACACAAUAAUUGAAAUUUCUGACUUCACACCUUUUUUAUGUCGAUACCCGUCCUCGCUCAAGGUUACUGGUUGCUCGGAAAGAAUUUUGGCACAGCAGCAACGCCAACUACUGUCGACAGUUGUACGUAGGCUUGGAACAGUUGUUAUAUAUACCGAUUUUGGGGCAGCGGACGCCCAAAUUUGUUCUCUCAACUUGAGUCUGGGGUAUUGAUGCGCAAGCGUUAAUAAGCGUUUUGUAUUGGGUCUGCUUGACGCAUGCGCAGUUGCGCACCAGAACAUCUUCGGUAGCAUUAAACUGAACGCUUUUUGCAUUUGAAUUAAAUGUAACAUUUCUCCGAGUGUAUAAUUGCAAGUAGUAAUAACUAUUAUUUAAAUUGGUGUUAACAUUUUAAUACGACUUCGCCUAAAAAUAAUAUUAUCUAAUGACAAAAAUGUAUUUUUGGAGUAAAGAAAUUAACAGAUUUUA